AUGCAUGUUAGAAGUGAAGCUUCGAUUAGCUAUGCUGCUGCAAGGGAAGAUGUUCAGCAAAGAAAUUCAGGAAGUAUGCAAUUAGGUGUUUUAAGUGUACCUGCUGAGAGAAUUGGCAAUCUAUACCAGCUGUGUGAACAAUGGCGCCAGUCGUCGACAAGGCUUAUCUUGAGUGAAGGAGAUCUUCUGAAAAUCUCAGAGCGACAGAAGGAACAUGCAUCCCUGGCUGAGAUUGUUUCCUUCCAGACUGGUCAAAUGGGUCCCGGGAACUGGCUUGAUAUACCUUUUCCUCUUGCUGAGGUCUUGAUCCUGAACUUUUCUGCUGACUCGUAUUUCUUACCCCCAUUUCUGGAGAACAUGGAAAACCUCAAGGUUUUGAUUAAUGCAAACCAUAGCGCACGCCCUGCAGAAUUACACGGCCUGUCUGCAUUGGGUUCUCUGAAGAAUCUCCACAGAAUAAGACUGGAGAAAAUAUCAGUCCCUCCUCUUUCUACUUUUACACAAGCAAUGCAGACAGUGCAGAAGCUAGUAAUGGUGCUCUGUGAGGUCAGUCAAGUCAUUCAUUGGGAUAUUCAUAGCAUCUUUCCAAUGUUAAGGGAGCUAGAACUGGACUACUGCCAUGGUGUAGAGACAUUGCCUCCUGGAUUAUGCAGUCUUACCAAUCUACAGAAACUAAAUUGCCCUGAUCUAGUUGGACUGCCCGAGGGAAUAGGUGGAUUAGGAAGAUUAGAGGUCCUAAGAUUACACUCUUGUUCAAGUUUGGAAGGCCUUCCGGAUUCUUCAUGUGAACUUGGAAGCCUCAGAUUCUUGGAUCCGUCUCAUUGCUCGAGCAUUGAGAGCUUGCCAGACAACAUUGGCCAGUUGCGGCAUUUGAAAAGAAUUGAUAUGAGAUGGUGCUUAGGGCUGACGGAACUGCCAACAUCAGUGGCACAGUUAAAGGGUCUUACAGCAGUUGUUUGUGAUGAGGAUACUGCAUAUCUAUGGAGGCCUUUUGAGCGUGUGCUCAGCAAUGUAACGUUUCAGGUUCCUAAAGAAGAUGUGAACUUGAAAUUUCUUGUAUAA